AGGAGGUUCUAUCCGGGGCCUUGGCGCUUCUCUUUCCUUUCGCGCCGGUUGCCGCUGCGGAGCGCGGCGAGUCCAUGUGCGCAGUGAGUGGCGCUAUUCCUGGCUUAGUAGCACCCGUGCCCCCAGGUUUGACCGAGUUCGCGCAGCGAUGGACCCCAACACCAUUAUCGAGGCCCUGCGGGGCACCAUGGACCCGGCCCUGCGUGAGGCCGCGGAGCGCCAGCUCAAUGAAGCACACAAGUCUCUGAAUUUUGUUUCAACACUGCUCCAGAUUACCAUGUCAGAGCAACUGGAUUUACCUGUGAGACAGGCAGGUGUUAUCUAUUUGAAAAAUAUGAUAACACAGUAUUGGCCUGAUCGAGAAUCAGCACCUGGGGAUAUAGCCCCUUAUAGUAUUCCAGAAGAAGAUCGACAUUGCAUUCGAGAAAAUAUUGUAGAAGCCAUUAUUCACUCUCCUGAGCUCAUCAGGGUACAGCUUACUACUUGCAUUCAUCACAUCAUCAAACAUGACUAUCCAAGCCGCUGGACUGCCAUUGUAGACAAGAUUGGCUUUUAUCUUCAGUCUGACAACAGUGCUUGUUGGCUAGGAAUUCUUCUUUGCCUUUAUCAGCUUGUAAAAAAUUAUGAGUACAAGAAACCAGAGGAAAGGAGUCCACUGGUGGCAGCAAUGCAGCAUUUCCUGCCAGUUCUGAAGGAUCGUUUUAUUCAGCUUCUUCCUGAUCAGUCAGAUCAGUCUGUCCUCAUCCAGAAACAAAUAUUCAAGAUCUUCUAUGCUCUUGUUCAGUAUACGCUACCACUGGAACUGAUAAAUCAACAGAAUCUGACAGAAUGGGUAGAAAUUUUGAAGACUGUUGUGAAUAGGGAUGUACCUAAUGAAACACUUCAAGUUGAAGAAGAUGAUAGACCUGAAUUACCAUGGUGGAAAUGUAAGAAGUGGGCCUUACAUAUUUUAGCAAGGCUUUUUGAAAGAUAUGGAAGUCCUGGGAAUGUUUCCAAGGAGUAUAAUGAAUUUGCUGAAGUAUUUUUGAAGGCAUUUGCUGUUGGUGUUCAGCAAGUUUUAUUGAAGGUGUUAUAUCAAUACAAAGAGAAGCAAUAUAUGGCUCCUCGAGUUUUACAACAGACAUUAAACUAUAUUAAUCAAGGAGUAUCCCAUGCCCUUACCUGGAAGAAUCUGAAGCCUCAUAUACAAGGCAUUAUCCAAGAUGUUAUUUUUCCAUUGAUGUGCUAUACAGAUGCUGAUGAGGAACUUUGGCAAGAAGACCCUUAUGAAUAUAUUCGCAUGAAGUUUGAUGUAUUUGAAGAUUUCAUUUCUCCUACCACUGCUGCCCAGACACUUUUGUUUACAGCCUGUAGUAAGAGGAAAGAGGUACUACAGAAGACUAUGGGCUUUUGUUACCAGAUUCUUACAGAACCAAAUGCUGAUCCUCGGAAAAAAGAUGGAGCUUUACAUAUGAUUGGCUCUUUAGCUGAAAUACUUCUGAAGAAAAAGAUCUACAAAGAUCAAAUGGAAUAUAUGUUGCAAAAUCAUGUGUUCCCUCUAUUCAGCAGUGAACUAGGCUACAUGAGAGCAAGGGCUUGCUGGGUUCUUCACUAUUUUUGUGAAGUGAAGUUUAAAAGUGAUCAGAACCUCCAAACGGCCUUAGAGCUGACACGAAGAUGUCUGAUUGAUGAUAGAGAAAUGCCUGUAAAAGUAGAAGCUGCGAUUGCACUUCAAGUAUUGAUUAGCAAUCAAGAAAAAGCUAAGGAAUAUAUCACACCAUUUAUCAGACCUGUAAUGCAGGCUCUUCUUCAUAUUAUAAGAGAAACAGAAAAUGAUGAUCUUACCAAUGUCAUUCAGAAGAUGAUUUGUGAAUAUAGUGAAGAAGUUACUCCUAUUGCAGUAGAAAUGACACAACAUUUGGCAAUGACAUUUAACCAGGUAAUCCAGACUGGGCCAGAUGAAGAAGGAAGUGAUGACAAAGCAGUUACUGCUAUGGGAAUUCUGAAUACAAUUGACACACUUCUUAGUGUGGUUGAGGAUCAUAAAGAGAUAACCCAGCAGCUUGAAGGAAUCUGCCUACAGGUCAUUGGUACUGUUUUACAACAGCAUGUCUUAGAAUUCUAUGAGGAGAUCUUCUCCUUAGCACAUAGCUUGACAUGUCAACAAGUGUCACCACAGAUGUGGCAGCUGCUACCCCUUGUAUUUGAGGUCUUUCAACAGGAUGGCUUUGAUUACUUCACAGACAUGAUGCCUCUUCUACAUAAUUAUGUAACAGUUGAUACAGACACACUUCUUUCUGAUACCAAGUAUCUUGAGAUGAUAUACAGUAUGUGUAAAAAGGUUCUUACAGGAGUUGCAGGAGAAGAUGCAGAGUGUCAUGCUGCAAAAUUGUUAGAGGUCAUCAUUCUACAGUGCAAAGGGCGUGGCAUUGAUCAGUGCAUUCCCUUAUUUGUGGAGGCAGCAUUAGAGAGACUGACAAGAGAGGUCAAGACAAGUGAACUUCGAACAAUGUGCCUGCAAGUUGCAAUUGCAGCUUUGUAUUACAAUCCACACCUACUACUCAAUACCUUAGAAAAUCUGCGCUUCCCUAAUAAUGUUGAACCGGUUACAAAUCAUUUUAUUACACAGUGGCUUAAUGAUGUUGACUGUUUCUUAGGGCUUCAUGAUAGAAAGAUGUGUGUACUGGGUCUGUGUGCUCUUAUUGAUAUGGAACAAAUACCACAAGUUUUAAAUCAAGUGUCAGGACAGAUCUUGCCAGCUUUUAUCCUUUUAUUUAAUGGAUUAAAAAGAGCAUAUGCCUGUCAUGCAGAACAUGAAAAUGACAGCGAUGAUGAUGAUGAAGCUGAAGAUGAUGAUGAAACUGAGGAACUUGGGAGUGAUGAAGAUGACAUUGAUGAAGAUGGGCAGGAAUAUUUGGAGAUUCUGGCCAAGCAAGCAGGUGAAGAUGGGGAUGAUGAAGACUGGGAAGAAGACGAUGCUGAGGAGACAGCUCUGGAAGGCUACUCUACAAUCAUUGAUGAUGAAGACAACCCUGUUGAUGAGUAUCAGAUAUUUAAAGCUAUAUUUCAAACUAUUCAGAAUCGUAAUCCUGUGUGGUACCAGGCUUUGACUCAUGGUCUUAAUGAAGAACAAAGAAAACAGUUACAGGACAUAGCAACUCUAGCUGAUCAAAGAAGAGCAGCCCAUGAAUCCAAAAUGAUUGAGAAGCAUGGAGGAUACAAAUUUAGUGCUCCAGUCGUGCCAAGUUCUUUUAAUUUUGGAGGCCCAGCACCAGGGAUGAAUUGAGUAUAUCACUUUCUUUCCUGCUGUGUGAUUGUAGUGAAGAGCUUGUGUUCCUCCUAGUAGUGGUUCCAGAACUGGUUCAUGUUAUCUAUUCUAAACUAAUUGAUCAAUAGAUGGACAAGAAAACCCCAGGAGGUGGGACCUGAUCAUGCAACCUGGCACUGGAAGAAAAACCAGAGGGAUUAGGGUAGGGAAACUUGGGGAGGGGGAAUUUUCUUUAUUUUUUGAAGAAAGUAAGAUCCAGACUCUGAAGCUUCAAAUGACACUGUGGAAAUCUGAAACGAGGGGAUGUCAUGAAGGCAGCUUUUCUUUUUCUGAGGAAAAAAAAUAGGCAUGGGCUACAGGACUAUUUAAAAUGUCUCAUUUACAGUAUAAAUCUCAAAGGUAGAUGUAAUUUUUACACCUAUGAGUAUUCAAUUUCUGUCUCUUACCAUUGGGUAACCUUUAUAUGUAAAUAUGAUAAGGUAAUCUGAUAGCCUUAUUCAUUCUCUUCAUCAUUUCAUUCAUCAAAGAUUGUUCCCGUGUAGAUUAUUGGACAUUUAUUGUAGCACUACAUAACUGAUUUAAAAAUCUGUAAAUGAAUUAGCACUUUCAUAUUGAAACAAGCCUGCUAGCCUAUGUAUAAAAGCAAAAAUGUUUGCUGUUUAUAAGAAGGGAUAUAAUGGGGUGGGGGUGGGGUAAUUUCAGGUUAAUUAUUAAUUUAAAAAUGAACUAGCAAUUUUGUACCUGGUAACUUUGUGGUGCACUCACCUCUGAUAGUGACUUGAAUUCGGUAUGUAAAAAGGGGUUAGUGAUAUUCAUUGCUGCUAAAAAUGGCAACUCCCUCUGUGUCCUCUUUUUUUUUUUUUCUUCCUUAAAGCUCUCAGUGUACAAGUGGAUAUUUGGAUAUAAGACCUUACUGUAACAAAUAGGAAAGGUAGUAUCUGAAGCAUGUAAAUUGGAUAUAUGAAGUUCUACUCUUAAAGAGGUGAUCUUAGAGUAUGGCUAACCAUCUAUAUAUGCAAUCUAUUAAAAGAACUUAAUUCGGCUAUUAUGUCGUGAUUUGAUUGCACUUUUGUUCUUAAUUAUCUCCUUCCCAUUGGCCUGUUUUUAUCUUGUAUAAGUACACAAAAUACACACUUCAUUUGUUCUUUUAAACCGGCCUAUUCCCCUUUCUCCAUGUUUUCUACCCCUCUUGAAGAUUGUGGUAUCUGAUGUUAACUACUUAGGCUGAAGGCACAUGGUUCCCUCCCAAAACCACUAUUGAUACCACUGCAAAAACAAGCCAGCAACAGGACAGUGUAGAGAGGUUGGGUUGCUUCCCUCUCUUCCUAACUGCAUGUUCAAAAAAAAGCUUUUACUGAUCUUAAACAUCUGUAGGAUGACUCAUACAUUGGAUUAUUUUUUAUAUACAUGUAUACACAAAUAUUUCAAAUUGAAAGCAACAUCUCAGUGGAUUCAAAACUACUACAUGCUGUUGUCUAAAACAGAUUAGAAAAUUUAUAACUGUAAAAUGAAAUGCACAUAUUGAUAUUUAAAAUGCAUAAUUAAGAAAACUCAUUGGUGUUGUGUUUUUCUUGUAUACCAGUAAUUUAGCCACUGCUGUUGGCACUGUUUGGUUUUCUAUUUUAACAUUGAAGGAGUGAAAGUAUUUCCUAUAUUUAUGAAUUUACUACUAAAAUCUUGGGGAAAAAAAUGUCUGUGUGGCUGAAAAAUGUUAAUCAAGUGUGUUUCUACUCCCUUUUCCCCCAAAGUUGGACACCAAGUGUAUCUUAGGUUGCUUUAGGGGAUUUCACAAUUAUAUAAAAUCAGUAAAAUAAAAAUGGAGUUGUGUAUUACAACGUUG